GAGCUGCGUCCCGGCCGCCCCGCUCGUCCCUCCCGUGGGUGGCCGGUGGCGCGCGCCCGCCGCCGCCGCCAUGUCCGCCGAGCAGGUGAGCGGCCUCUGCGAGCAGCUGGUGAAGGCGGUGACCGUCAUCAUGGACCCGGCGUCCACGCAGCGGUACCGCCUGGAGGCCCUCAAGUUCUGCGAGGAGUUCAAGGAAAAGUGCCCCAUCUGCGUGCCCUGCGGGCUGAAGCUGGCGGAGAAGACGCAGACGGCCAUCGUCCGUCACUUCGGCCUGCAGAUCCUGGAGCAUGUGGUCAAAUACCGCUGGAACAAUAUGCCUCGCCUAGAAAAAGUUUAUCUAAAGAACAAUGUUAUGGGCCUCAUAUCCAGUGGAACUCAAAGUAUCCUGGAGGAGGAGAGUCACAUUAAGGAUGUGCUGUCUCGCAUUGUGGUGGAGAUGAUCAAGCGGGAAUGGCCUCAGCACUGGCCUGACAUGCUUAAGGAGCUGGAUACCCUCUCCAAGCAAGGGGAAACUCAGACAGAACUGGUGAUGUUCAUCCUCCUACGUUUGGCAGAGGACGUGGUGACUUUUCAAACUCUACCCACCCAGCGGCGACGAGAUAUCCAGCAAACCCUCACCCAGAACAUGGAAAAGAUCUUCAGCUUCCUACUAAAUGCCUUGCAGCAGAAUGUCAACAAGUACAGACUCAUGGUUGGAGCACCCCAGGAACAAGAAGUCCUCACUACUCCACAGAAGACUGAUUUGGCUCAGGAACCAAAGGCCCAGGCAAACUGUCGUGUGGGGAUAGCGGCACUCAACACUUUGGCUGGCUACAUUGACUGGGUAGCCCUAAGCCAUAUUACGGCAGACAACUGCAAGCUCUUGGAGAUGUUGUGUCUGCUCCUAAAUGAGCCUGAACUCCAAGUUGGAGCAGCAGAGUGUCUCCUGAUUGCUGUCAGCAGGAAAGGUAAGCUGGAGGAUCGGAAGCCUCUGAUGGUCUUGUUUGGAGAUGUUGCCAUGCACUGCAUCCUCUCUGCUGCCCAGACAGCAGAUGGAGAAGGCCUGGUGGAGAAGCACUAUGUUUUCUUGAAGAGACUUUGCCAAGUUUUGUGUGCAUUGGGCAGCCAGCUAUGUGCGUUGCUAGGCUCAGAUUGUGAUGUGGAAACGCCAGCCAACUUUGGAAAAUACCUUGAGUCAUUUUUAGCCUUCACAACCCAUCCCAGCCAGUUUCUGCGGUCUUCCACCCAGAUCACAUGGGGAGCUCUUUUUCGGCAUGAAGUUCUGUCUCACGACCCUUUGUUGCUGGCUGUCGUUCCCAAGUAUCUCCGUGCAUCAAUGACCAACCUGGUGAAGGUGGGCUUUCCUUCCAAAGCAGACAGCCCCAGCUGUGAAUACUCCCGUUUUGAUUUUGACAGUGAUGAGGACUUCAAUGCCUUCUUCAACUCUUUCCGAGCCCAGCAAGGAGAGGUGAUGAGGAUGGCUUGUCGUCUGGACCCUCUAACUGGCUUCCAAAUGGCUGGUGAAUGGCUGAAGUACCAGCUCACAGCUCCUGUUGAUCCUGGACCCAUGAACUCUAAGACAGGCGAAGGUCUCUGCUCCAUCUUCUCUCCAUCCUUUGUGCAGUGGGAUGCCAUGACAUUCUUCUCGGAGAGCGUCAUCAGCCAGAUGUUUCGAACCAUGGAUAAAGAUGAAAUCCCAGUGAAUGAUGGCAUAGAUCUGCUGCAGCUUGUCCUUAAUUUUGAAACAAAAGAUCCUCUCAUCCUGUCCUGUGUGCUCACCAAUGUCUCUGCUCUCUUUCCAUUUGUCACUUACCGACCAGAAUACCUCCCACAAGUACUUUCCAAGCUGUUUGCUUCAGUUACCUUUGAAGUUGUAGAAGAAAGUAAGUUUGUUGUGUCUGUCCAGGCUCCUAGAACUCGAGCAGUGAAGAAUGUGAGAAGGCAUGCAUGCUCCUCAAUCAUAAAGAUGUGCCGGGAUUACCCUCAGCUUGUCCUGCCAAACUUUGAGAUGUUGUACAACCACGUGAAACAACUGCUGUCAAAUGAGCUACUUCUGACGCAGAUGGAGAAGUGUGCUCUAAUGGAGGCCCUUGUCCUCAUCAGCAACCAGUUUAAGGACUAUGAGCGACAGAAAGCUUUCUUGGAGGAGCUCAUGGCUCCUGUGGCUGGCUUAUGGCUCUCCCCAGAGAUGCAGAGAGUCCUCUCAGAUCCUGAAGCCUUUAUAUCCUACGUGGGUGCAGACAACAAAAUUGCUGAUCCAGUCUUGGAAGAUCCUAGCGGCCUGAACCGGUCUAGAAUAAGCUUUUGUGUGUACACCAUUCUGGGAGUAGUGAAACGAGCUCGUUGGCCUGCUGCUACUGAAGAGGCAAAAGCUGGAGGAUUCUUUUUGGGGUACCUGCCCAGUGGAACUCCAAUGUACCGUAAUCCCUGCACUGAGCAGGUCCUGAAGCUUUUUGACAAUUUACUUGCUCUCAUAAGAACUCACAACAACCUCUACAUGCCAGAGAUGGUGGCUAGGCUGGGGGAUACAUUUGCAAAGGCCUUGGACAUGCUGGAGGUGGAGAAGAAUGCCAUUCUAGGUCUCCCUCAGCCUUUGUUGGAGCUUUAUGACUCUCCUGUUUACAAAACAGUCUUAGAAAGGAUGCAGGGCUUCUUCUGUACCCUCUAUGACAACUGUUUUCACAUCCUGGGAAAUGCAGGCCCCUCCAUGCAACAGGAUUUCUACACUGUUGAGGGUCUCGCCACCCAGCUCCUCAGCUCUGCUUUCAACAACCUCAACAACAUUCCUGAUUACAGACUGCGUCCCAUGCUCCGUGUGUUUGUGAAGCCCUUGGUACUUUCCUGUCCCUCAGAAUACUAUGAAACCCUUGUCUGCCCCAUGCUGGGACCACUCUUUACGUAUCUGCACUUGAGGUUGUCCCAGAAAUGGCAGGUGAUCAACCAGCGAAGCAUGCUCUGUGAGGAUGAUGCUGCAGAUGACAACCCUGAGUCUCAGGAGAUGCUUGAGGAACAGCUGGUCAGGCUGCUAACUCGAGAAGUCAUGGAUCUCGCCACUGUUUGCUGUGUUUCUAAGAAAGGUGUUGAACAGAACACUACUGCUGCUGUAGAUGGAGAUGAUGAUGAGGCGAUGGCCACGGAGGUGACUCCCCCUGCCAACGCAGAGCUCACCGAGCUUGGCAAGUGUCUGAUGAAGCAAGAGGAUGUUUGCACUGCAGUGCUGAUCACUGCCUACACAUCCCUGUCCUGGAAGGACACCUUGUCCUGCCAAAGAACCACAACACAGCUUUGCUGGCCACUGCUCAAACAGGUGCUUCCAGGAAACCUCCUUCCCGAUGCCGUGUCCUGGUUUUUCACAAGUGUGCUGAAGGGCUUACAGGUACAUGGGCAACACGAUGGCUGCAUGGCAGCUCUUGUCCACCUGGCUUUCCAGAUCUACGAGGCCUUGCGCCCUCGCUAUGGUGAGCUGAAGGCAGUGAUGGAGCAGAUCCCAGACAUCCAGCUGGACUCUUUGGAGCAGUUUGAUUCAAAGCUUCUCAACCCAACACUGCAGAAGGUGGCCGACAAGCGCCGGAAGGAUCACUUCAAGCGCCUCAUCUCAGGUUGCAUUGGGAAGCCCAUCGGGGAGCAGUUCCGCAAGGAGGUUCAUAUCCGGAACCUUCCAUCUCUCUUCAAAAAGGUGAAGCCAUCACUGGAGACAGAUGUGCUAGAAAACGAGGAUGGAGAGGGCUUCAAUGUACUCUUCGAGCCCUGAGCCUGGGAUGCUGCAGCCAUCUCCUCCCUUACCUUAAAAUUUGUCUCUCCUCAUAGUAAGCACAUUAGAUUCUCCUUGUCACCGCCUCCACAAGCAUUCGUCUGAAUAAAGCCCCUUACGGGUCCUGUCCCCUUCUCUUCCAUACACUGGGAUGGGGCCUGCGGUGGCAUUUGAACCAGUCAA